AUGACUAACACACAGCAGUCUCAGUUCUCAGUUCACAGCAACACAGGGGAUGAGCAGGCGGAAUUCGCAGCACGACCAGCAUUGACAGUGGCUGUAAAUGUAGUAACAACAUUAGUACCAAUAAUAACAGCAGUAAAGCAGAUGCAGAACAGAGGAAGCAGAAGCAGUAACAACAGUAUCAACAGAGGCAGUAACAACAGUAAAACCAGUAGCGGCAGUAACAGCAUUAGUAACAGCGACAAUAACAACAGUAACAGCGGCAGUAACAGCAUUAGUAAUCCCUGUAACUGCCUUCGUAACAGCAAUAACACCAAUAUGACCAGUAGCAACGUUAGUAACAAGAGCGGCAAUAACAGCAGUAACAGCGGCAGUGAUAACAUGAACAGCAAAAAGAAUUAA